GCCUUACUUAAUUACUGUACUUCUUAUUCAAAAUACUAGGUUACUGUAGUUGCCUAUUUUUUUACGUAAUUGGAAUGGCAAACAAACUGAUUUCUCUAGCCGUAUAUAUAUUAGAUAUAAAAAAAUCAUAUUGUUAUUGAAAUUUUUGACAUGUACAUUAAUACAUUUCAAUAAUCGAUUAUUAUUGUGACAGUUAAUUACAAGAAAAUCUAUAAACGUUCUUUCCAUCUUUCUUAUUUUAAUAGUUAUUCAAUAAAUUGAUUUUAAUUUUUUCUCAGACAUCAUUAGGAUAUUAUUUUUUUCUCAGACAAUUGGUAUACCAAGUGCGUUUUAAAAGAUUAGCUUGAUUAAUUUGCAUUACGGACUACCUAUAUGUUUUUAAUAUGGAACAUAAUAAUUUAGGGGACAAUUUUGAGAUAGAUGGUAAUAUCGACGCUAUUCAUGACAUAAUUGAUUAUCUAGUUCGAUGUGCAAAAAUUACUUUUAAAAACCCUCGAAUUAAUGAAAGUGCCAUAAGAACUAUUGAUAAGAAACGUAUUGCCUAUGAUUUGUAUCAGAGAUCACCAGCAGAUUUUUUGAUACAAUUUGGAAAAUAUUUGGCACCUUACCACAUUGGUUAUUUUGAAUCUUUAAGAAAUACUGAAAACUUUCAAGAGUGUGUUAGACAGUUAAAACAAUACCAUUCAGAAGAAAGCAAACAUAAAAGAAUAAGAAACAGAAGAUACAAAGCAUUACAGAAGCUACAGGAUGAAACAGAUUAUUUUAGUCAAAAACAAAUGAUGUAUCGUAAUCCCCUGCUAUAUGAACAGCUCAUAGGUCAAUAUUUGACUGAUGAAGAAAUACAAGAGCGAGACGGUGUAGAUAAUGAGAAUCUUACCUUUUUGAAUAUGAUUCUUGAAACGGUUGAUCGAAAUGAAAUGAGACAAGUAAAAAAUGAACAAAUGCUCAAAGAAACUGGCCAGGAUAAUUCAAGUUCCAGUACAUCCGAAAACACAGGAGACAAUGCAGCACUAAAAGGUCCAAAAAAAUGGGGUGAUUUUGAUACACCUGACACAAGACCUAGUUUUGUUCCAGAAACUAGAAAACAAACUAUGAUAAGUGCUCCUGAAAGGAAUCUUUUACGCGAAGAGUUUUUUCAAGAAAUGUAUAGUAGUUUCAUAGAGGGUACUGAUUCUGAAAUUGACUACAAUACUAUAGACAAUGAUGAACAAUAUGAUGAUUUGCAACAAUUAUCUCAAGAUGCAGAGGACAGAUAUUUUGACUCUGAACCAAAUGAUGUGGAAAAUUUAGAAGAACAUAUGAAACUCGUUGAACAGUAUGGUAAAAAAACCACUGAAUGUACUUCAGAUGAUUCAUUAGAUAUAUUUAUGACACAUAUUUCUAAUAAACUUACUGUUACUUAA